AUUGUAUAUUGUCUCCAAAAUGAUUGCAGAUGAAUAAUUUCGAGGUUUUCUGGGCGGAAUUUUUCUCGGGAAAGAUUGAUAAUGGAAGGUGAGGAGGCUUCUAUUCAUUUUAACUGUUUCGUUCACUAUCCGAACUUCACUGAAGAAGGUCUCGAGGUGGAAAGCGUGGCGAGGGGAAAUGGUAUUCAACUUCACCCAAGCACCCAACUGUCAAGCCUCGCUGCGAGCGUGUUGAGCGAAAUGUUUCAGAAGCAAGAAAUCGAUGGAAAAGUUAUCAUGAAAGCAGACAAUGCGAAAGUUUUCAUUCAAGUUCGCGAUCAUUGGAAGCCACACCCACUUGCUGAUUUCACUUCUGGUGGUGACUUGGAAGCAACUUUACAUGAAGCAUUUGGUGAGAUUCUGUGGACCAAAGAUGCGGCAAUCAGCAUUCAUGUUCAUCUGUGUUAUGAUAAAGACUGGGACGAUCAGAAGGUCAAGACAGCCAUUAAAAAGCUUCUAGAAUAUUACAGUCAAACUCACUUAGAACGCAUGUUGUGCCCCUUCUCACAGGGCAUGCUGUCACAAAUAUCAAGAGAUCAAUACCCCUGCCGUCUGUCAUCUGAAAAAAUUAAGCUUUUUGCAGCAUGGUAUGAACAUUCCCAGUUGAACAAAGAGCAAGAGGAAGAUGGAUCAGUCUCAUCUCCUGGAAAGAAAAUGCUUAUCACUCUUCGUGGCAAGAAAAUUGUCUUCAAUUCUUCGAUUGAAAUUCCGUUACUCAGAAAGUGGUAUGAGGAGAACCCCAAACCAGAUCUAAAGGAUUUGACGAGAUAUGCCGAAAUCCUUAAUAAUCUGGAGCAGCGAAAAACAAAAGAACAGGUGCUAGCGCGGCAUGUGAACACGUGGUUUAAGAAUGAAAGAGCUCGCUUAAGAAGGGAAGGGCUGUUGGAGGACUUGUCCAGGCCUUCCAUGGCAGUGGUGUCGACAAGCUCAUAGUUAGCUCUCCUGAAGGCCAUUAGUGUAACCAGUAUCACAUGAACUGAGGGCGAUGUAAAUGCUAGCUAGCCCUUAUAUGAGUAGCAUAUGGAAAUAACAGCCACCUUUCGCCUCAAACUUGAUUAGUGUUCAUUUUGAAACUAACUUCAUUUUUUUUUCUGAAAUCUUAAAGCUGAACCUAGAAUCUUCUACUACAGUGAAAAACCGCACUGAUUAGUUUAUUUUGGCACAAGUCACUCGAUGAAUGCUGCUCGAAUGUACAUUGGCUGAUAGCAUUAGCAGACAAGGUUUCUUCAGUGUUAUUCUCUGAAUCAUAUGAAAAGCUUGUCGCUAGAGUUUCCGCUAUAUCUUUCCAUCUUGCAUCGGCAAAAAAGUGACUGCAGAAGUGCUUUCAUUUGCAACAAAUGCACAUUUACGCUAUGUUUGCUAUGUGCAUAUUGAACAGUAUAUUAAUGUAAAUAAUAUUUAAAGGGAAAUCAUUAAUAUAUUUAUACUGCAUUAUUUUAUACUGCAGUUAUACGGCAAACAGUUGUCUUAGUUUUGUGAUUAGUGUAACACUAUAA